AUGGCUACAAACAUUACUUUCCACGCCGCGGCGCUCACGCGCACCGAGCGCUCCACACUUCGCAACCAGCAAGGCCUCACAAUCUGGCUAACGGGGCUGUCGGCGUCAGGUAAAUCGACGAUUGCCGUGGAACUCGAGCACCAACUCCUCAGUGAACGUGGCGUGCACGCCUAUCGGCUUGAUGGCGACAACAUCCGGUUCGGACUGAACAAAGACCUAGGCUUCAGCGAAAAAGACCGCAACGAAAAUAUCCGACGAAUCGCCGAGGUUGCGAAACUGUUCGCUGAUAGCGCCUCUAUCUCUAUCACCUCUUUCAUCUCCCCGUAUCGCGCGGAUAGGGACACCGCUCGUCAGUUGCAUGAGGUGCCGACGCCGGGUGAAGAGACGGGCUUGCCGUUUGUGGAGGUUUAUGUGGAUGUCCCCGUCGAGGUUGCGGAGCAGAGAGAUCCAAAGGGGCUGUACAAGAAAGCGAGGGAGGGGGUGAUUAAGGAGUUUACAGGCAUUAGUGCGCCGUAUGAGGCCCCUGUCAACCCGGAGGUGCAUAUCAAGAACCAUGAUAUCCCCGUCAAGGAGGCUGUGGCUCAGAUCAUUGCUUACCUGGAUUCGAAGGGAUACCUGCCUCCCAAGAAGUAG